GCAUCCCCAAGACGACGAUUCAAACCGCGGACAGAGCGAAGGUGCUUCCUACCACCGUCGACGCCAACCCACGACGCCCAAGCCACUGGCUACACGCCCAGCGAGCUCAAAGCACAAGUCGACGACAUUGGUGCCAUUGCUCGAGCGCCGGCCACCGCAAGCGACCCAAGCCCCUUGGAGCCCGCAUCACCCAACGACGCAUCGUCACUACCGUUAGCACCGCCCGAGGGCUCAUCCGUUCUGCCCAGCGUCUUCAAGCAGCAGUUCCACGACCGUGGCACCCCCGGGAACGCACCCAAGAGUCGCAUCCGCCGGCGAUUCCAGUCCACCGACUUGAGCCACGGGGUUGCUGAUGGUAGUACUGGUACCGUGGCACCGUUCACCUUCUCAGCACCGGCACGCAGCGACAUAUCUCGCGUACUGUACCCGGCCGAUGAGCAAGCG